CUUCCUCCAUCAUCCCCUCGAGAGGGACAAAAGCUCUUUCUGAUGGAAAGAAUAGCAGCGCUUGCCGGUGCUCAUGAACUCGACUUCCGAUGCUCUCUCGCCCUCCGUCAACACUGUUCGCCAACACAUCUUGUCUUUCUUGUCUGCCAUUAAACGCCAUCAUAAAUAUUAUACGAAGUUGCAGACCGGCAUCAAGUACCGCCUCCCUUUAGCGACUGCUGCGCCUACGCCAUAGAGAGCUCACUCCUUUCUUUCAUCCGUCUCGGACUUUUUCUCUUCUGCUGCUGCUCGGCUCGGUUCUUUAGCUUUCCCUUCGAGCCCAUCUCUUGUGCGGAGGGUUGAAUUCUGCUCCUGUUAAGCUGAGGUUCUGCGCCGCAGCUUGUUCUCUCCGUCGUGGCUCAUAUCGCCUCAGUACGCCAGAUCUCACUGUUUGUCAUCAUUUCUCAUCGAACACUUGCGCAGCGUCGUCAAAAGCCUAGCUUCUUUCCAUCUGUUAGCUGUACUUAUUGUGCUACCUUCUGCAAGGAGAAGCGGUCCUUUUAGCUCCUCUGUUUCAAGAGCAGUCUCAUUUUUCCACUCCUCUUCAGUUCAGAGCUGUUCUUCUAAAACAACAGAGACUCUUCAGCCGGCAGCAGAGGAGGAAGAGGAGGAGAAUGAUCACCGCUGCGGACCUGUACCAUGUUCUCACGGCCGUGGUGCCGUUAUACGUGGCCAUGAUCCUGGCCUACGGCUCCGUGAAGUGGUGGCGCAUCUUUAGCCCGGACCAGUGCUCCGGCAUCAACCGCUUCGUGGCCCUUUUCGCCGUCCCCCUCCUUUCCUUCCACUUUAUCUCCACCAACAAUCCAUAUGCCAUGAACUACCGCUUCAUAGCCGCCGACACGCUUCAGAAGCUCAUCGUGCUCACCGUGCUCUCCGUUUGGACCAAGGCCAGCCGCCGUGGCUGCCUUGAGUGGGCCAUCACCCUCUUCUCGCUUUCCACCCUCCCCAACACCCUCGUCAUGGGCAUUCCUCUGCUGAAGGGCAUGUACGGCUCCGAGUCCGGUAGCCUCAUGGUCCAGAUCGUCGUGCUCCAAUGCAUCAUCUGGUACACGCUCAUGCUCUUCCUGUUCGAGUACAGGGGAGCCAGGCUCCUCAUCAUGGAGCAGUUCCCCGACUCCGCCGGCUCCAUCAUCUCCUUCAGGGUCGACUCCGACAUCAUCUCUCUGGAUGGCAAGGAGCCGCUACAGACCGAGGCCGAGGUCGGCGACGACGGGAAGCUCCACGUCACGGUACGGAAGUCGACGAGCUCCCGCUCCGAUAUCUACUCCCGGAGGUCUCACGGGCUGAACUCCGGUGGCAUCUCCAUAACGCCGCGGCCGUCCAACUUGUCCAACGCGGAGAUUUACUCGUUGCGGUCAUCGAGGAACCCGACGCCGAGGGGCUCGAGCUUCAACCACGCGGAUUUCUGUUCCAUGCCGAGGAGUGGCAACGGCACUACGUGCGUGAGCCCGAGGCACUCCAACUUUGGGAGCAUGGGGCUCGACGUAGAGGGCGGCCCGAGGGCGAACGGCUUGGUGGCAGGCGCAUAUCCAACCCCUCCUGUGGCUGGAUUAUUCUCGCCUGUGGGGGCGAAGAAGAAGGCAAUGAACGGGAUCGAGGGAGGGAAGGACCUGCACAUGUUUGUGUGGAGUUCGAGCGCUUCCCCGGUGUCGGAAGGUGGGAUGCAUGUGUUUGCCGGGGCGGAAUUCGUGACCGAGCAUGGAGUUGCUCCACUUGACGAUCACCAUCACAAAUCUCACCUUGGUGAUGCUUACGACGGGUACCGCCAGGAUGAUUUCAGCUUCAGGAACAAGCCAACUGACCCUCUGCAGAGGGACGGGCUGAGCCUCUCUAAGCUCGGUUCGAACUCCACCGAACUCCACUCGAAAGCUGAGGCAGAUGGAGUUGGAAAGCCUUCCAUGCCUCCUGCCGGCGUGAUGACCAGGCUUAUAUUGAUUAUGGUAUGGCGGAAGCUAAUCCGAAAUCCGAACACCUAUUCCAGCCUACUCGGUCUCAUCUGGUCUCUCGUCUCGUUCAGGUGGGAAAUCGAAAUGCCUGCAAUCGUCGCUCGUUCGAUCUCGUUACUGUCUGAUGCAGGACUUGGGAUGGCUAUGUUUAGUCUUGGGUUGUUUAUGGCGUUACAGCCGAGAAUUAUAGCUUGUGGCAAUUCUGUUGCUGCGUUCGCAAUGGCUGUCAGAUUUGUCACUGGCCCUGCUGUAAUGGCUGCAGCUUCUAUCACAGUCGGCCUACGCGGGGUGCUUCUACAUAUUGCGAUCGUACAGGCAGCUCUUCCGCAAGGUAUCGUUCCAUUCGUGUUUGCUAAAGAAUACAAUGUUCAUCCUGAUAUCCUAAGCACAGGGUAACCAAGUUUUAUUUCAAAGGCGACAUUUAGCUGGUUAUCUUUGGGAUGUUAAUUGCUCUCCCCAUCACUUUAGUAUACUACAUAUUACUGGGACUUUGAAGCUGAAGAGUUCCAAUGAGGAUCAUUCACAGAUGCGGAUAGGAUAACUACGAUUUCUUGUUAGUCUGACUGAAAUAGUUUAGUCUGGAAAGCUAUAUUGCGACGAAUAGAUUAUAUUGCUAUCUAGAAUUAGUAUUAAGAUACUAAACACGCAGUGUUUAUUCUGUAUUGGAUGAAAGACUUUGCAUCUGAAGAAAUAUCUAUCGAAAUUUCCUGUGCAUUUGA